GCCCGCCCGAACCCAGAGUGGUGAGCCUUGGUUUGCGAAGCCGGCGUUUGCCCUUCGCUUUGCGCGCCGAGGUGUCUUGUUCUUCGCGGUUUCCAGACACAGAUGUUCCCCAGUCCAAGAUGAAUAAAGAUCAAGUCGCCUUGAUUGGUCAGGUGUUUGAAUCCUACGUUUCAGAAUACCACAAGAAUGAAGUCUUACAGAUCUUGAAAGAAAGAGAUGAAGAUACUCACUAUCCUGUAGUGGUUGAUGCCAUGACUCUUUUUGAGACGAACAUGGAAAUUGGGGAAUAUUUCAAUGCAUUCCCCAGUGAGGUACUCCCUAUUUUUGACAGCGCCUUAAGAAGGGCAGCUCUGACAAUUCUGCAGUCUCUUUCACAACCUGAGGAAUUUUGUAUGAAGCAGAAUCUUCAUGCUAGGAUAUCAGGUGAUGACCUCACCAUUUAUGGGGUAGUGAUGCAGCGGUGGAGCCCUUUCCAUCAAGAUGUUCGAUGUGAUGUGGAGAUAGUCUUGAAAGCCAAUUAUGUCCAAGUGAAUAACGAACAAUCCACAGGCAAUAUCAUUGAUGAGGAGGUUCGCAAGGAAUUUGAGAAUUUUUGGGAACAUUACAAGAACGAUCCCUUGGCAGGAAGGAAUGAAAUCCUGGCUAGCUUGUGUCCUCAAGUUUUUGGGAUGUAUUUGGUAAAGCUUGCUGUAGCCAUGGUCCUUGCCGGCGGCGUCCAAAGGAGCGAUGCUACUGGAACAAGGGUCCGAGGUGAAUCCCAUCUUUUACUGGUUGGAGACCCUGGUACAGGGAAAUCUCAGUUUCUCAAAUAUGCAGCAAAGAUUACUCCAAGAUCUGUGCUCACCACAGGAAUUGGAUCUACCAGUGCAGGCUUGACAGUGACUGCUGUGAAGGAUUCUGGGGAAUGGAAUUUGGAAGCUGGAGCAUUAGUCCUUGCAGAUGGAGGUCUCUGCUGUAUUGAUGAGUUUAACAGCCUCAAGGAGCAUGAUAGAACCAGUAUCCAUGAAGCAAUGGAACAGCAGACCAUCAGCGUUGCUAAGGCUGGCCUUGUAUGCAAACUAAACACAAGAACCACCAUCCUGGCAGCCACCAACCCCAAAGGCCAAUAUGACCCCUGUGAGUCGGUCUCAGUGAAUGUGGCCCUAGGAAGCCCACUCUUAAGUAGAUUUGACUUGAUCCUGGUUUUACUUGACACCAGAAAUGAAGACUGGGAUCGCAUAAUUUCUUCUUUUAUUUUAGAAAAUAAAGGUUGCCCAAACAAAUCCAAAAAGCUCUGGAGCAUGGAAAAGAUGAAAACCUACUUCUGCCUUAUUAGGAACCUACAACCCAAAUUAUCUGAUGUGAGCAACCAGGUUCUUCUCCGUUACUAUCAAAUGCAGCGCCAGAGUGACUGUAGAAACGCAGCCCGAACAACUAUCCGCUUGCUGGAAAGCUUGAUCCGCUUAGCAGAAGCUCAUGCCCGGCUAAUGUUCAGAGAUACAGUGACUCUGGUAGAUGCUAUUACAGUGGUGUCCGUGAUGGAAUCCUCAAUGCAGGGAGGUGCUCUUCUGGGAGGUGUGAAUGCACUCCAUACAUCCUUUCCUGAAAACCCCCUGGAGCAGUACCAAAUGCAGUGUGAAAUGAUUCUGGAAAAGCUGGAGCUUCAGUGUCUUCUGAGUGAGGAACUCAGAAGACUUGAUAGGCUAAAGAACCAAAAUUCACUCUUGUCACAGCCUGGAGAGAAGGGAGUAGAAACUACUUGUGGGUCUUUGGGAAAUGAUUGGAUAGAAAAACCAGAGAACAUAUCCCAGCCCAACCCUUCUAAACAAGAAGCCAACUGUAAUGGACAGACCUCCUCUGUUAGAGAAAACACCAAGAGCAGUGCCCCCUUCAGGUCCACAUCACACCAGGGGACAAGUGAAAAGAAAAGGACAGAACCCCCAGGUAAGCCUAACCAGAAGGACAGAGACACCAGCUUGGACUGGUUUGACUCCAUGGCAAGUGAGCACAUAGAUUCUGAAAACAACUUGGCUCUAUCUCCUAUUCCCAAGAUGACCAAGGACAGUGUGGCUUCAAUGGCACCCAAUGACAAAUCCCAUGGCAAGGGAAAAAGAGCAAGGAGUAAAGUGGAAACUGACCAGCUUCCAGCAGCAGCCAAUACAGAUGCUCCAUUGACUCUCAAGAGGCCUUUUCAUUUUGCUAAAAAAAAACCCAACCAGUCAGAAACAGUUACUGAGAAAGCAGUGUCUCCAGAAGGGCCUGACUCAGUGAUUACUCAGCAUGUCCCUAAGAGUCGGCAGAAAUCCCGGGAGUUCUCUGAAAAGGCACUAAGCUCCCAGAUUAUUUUGCCUCUUCUUCCUGCUGGGAUAACUGGGGAAGUUUUAAAUUCGGAAUCUGGUUUAACUCUUCCUCAUCAUCCUCACCUUACCCCCUUACAGAGGACUCCUUCAGAGGAAAGUCUGGCAUCUGCCGUGAGCAAAAACCACAAAACUGAGGAUGAGGUAGAAAAGAUAACAAGGAGUGCCCCUGACCGUGAGAGUGAUGAGGUUCCAGGUGCCCCAUUGGCUAAACUGGCCAAGUUUACAUUCAAACAUAAGUCAAAGCUCACCCACUCUUCUGGAAACAACAAUCACACUCUUCCUCCUGCCACAAGUAAAACUUCAGUGACACUUCCUAGGAUUUCUAGCCAUAGAACUAAUGAAGGACAGCCAAAGGAAGAAGAAACAUGCCCCAGGAAGGGUCCAGAAAAGCCAGUGUCUGUAUCUGGGAAGAGAAGAUUAAUGGAGCUAAUGCACAGUGAGACUAGGGAGGUGGCACGGCAGCCGCAAAAGAAAGAUGGGGCAAGAGAAUCUGGCCUGGCCACUCGCACUAAAUCUGGGGUUGAAAACCAGGCCGACCAUUGCCUCUUUGCUGGUGAGAGACAGAAAAAGGAGGAUUCAUCCAGUCUUAAAAGCAAGGUUCAAGCUUGCACAUUAGCUAAAUUAGCAAGCUUCUCCUUUACUGGCCCUUCUGAAUCCAAACCAGGGACCCCACCCACUCCUGGCAAUACAAACUCUAGCGAGGGAGGCCUGAGCCAUCCUCCUACAGGCCCAUCUGUAGCCCUUGGCAGAAGGAAAACUUUUCAACUGGAGGGGGCUGGAGAGAAAGCUGUCAUUUCAGGAAAAUCUCUCUUCACCUUAACAGAACUAGAUGAUGAUGAUGAUGAUCCAUUAGAUUUUGAUUGGGAGGAAGAAAUGAGGAAGAAUCCCAAAUUGUAGAGUUCCACCAUUCUUCCUUCGGUAGAGCACCUUCAGGGUAUCGGUGAUAUGCUCUCCUGUAACCAGCAGCAAAGUGUCCAGUGAAGGAGAGAUGGGACCUUUAUCCCUGACACUAUCAGGUUUUGUGAUUUUCACUUUGAGCUCCUGUGUGCCUCUACACAAUUUGAAAAAGUUGUGUGGUCAUUUUAAGUCAGUCUAGUGGCUUGUGGUCAUAAGAAAUAACUCAGUGACCUUGUUCUUAAUUCUGUUAACAAACCACUUGUGUUCCAGCAGAUGGUUUCUGUUAAGUUGGUCUCUCCUGGAUCCCUUGUUCCAAUCACUUGUUAACAAGAGCUAAGGCCAGGAAAAAAGCAAAUGAACCUUAAUUUUUACAUUCCUACAUCUGGAUUCUUUGGGAUAUAUCAUAGUGACAUUACUGCCAUUAAGGAUAUGUGUUUUGUAAAUAUCACGUGACUUUCUUUGCCUGUCAUUUUUGUGUUUCUUAUCACACGUCUUAUUUAGAUUUGUCUGAAAUGUUUUCUUUUUUUAUGAAUUUGCCUUCCUUGUUCCAUGAUAAUGACUAAAGUAUCCAAUUACUGUUCUUUAUUAGCUUUGUAUUAUAUUAAACUUUUCUGGGGUUUUCAUCUCAUUUAAAGGCCACCAUUUUCUAUCUUAGGAUGUACUUUUCAUUGGGAAGGGAGAAGAAAAGGAUGUGGGAUAGGGCUAAAUCACACAUCAUGUGUCUGCUAACCAGAUAGACAAAAUGGAAUUGAGCCCUACUUGAGUGAUUUAUUUGCCUCAAACAGAUUCUUCUUUUGGGUUCCCAUGUAUGUUUCUAGUGCUUCACAGGGCUCUAUCAUCAUGAUUUUUUCUCUUCUGAAGAAUGAAUUUUCAUUUUUGGAAUGUGCUUACCCAAGCCAUCUGGG